AUGCUUUUUAAGAAAACUUUAUAAUAUUUCAACAAUUAGGUUGCUCGAUGUAAAUUAGGCCAAUUACAAUAUCAAGGAAUUAUGAUGAAGGUACCUUCAGAAAUGCAAAAAGAGGAAAAUUCUGAAGAAGACAGAUUAGUAAAAGCAUUCUUCACAAAAAAUCAUGAAUAAAUAAAAGUUUAUGGUCAUUCUCAGAAAGAACUAAAUGAGAAGAGUAGUUCUCCUAGAAACUCAUGGUAUAAGGUAGUGUUGCCAUUAAAAAGUAAUCCUGAACUGAGUUUUAAAUUUAGUAGGUUUUACACAAAUCAAGUAAGAAUUGGUCGUUUAUUGGAAUUGAUGGAUUACAUAGCAUCCACAGUUUCUUACAAUUAUAUUCUGCCUAGCAGUGGUGCAACUAUAGUUACUGCAAUGGUAGAUAAUAUUAAUUUCUUUGGAAAGAUUUCUGCUGAUUAAGACCUUGAAAUAUAAGGAUACGUAACAUUUGUUGGUAACUCUUCCAUUGAAGUUUAUAUCGAUGUUAUAUAAGAAGGAGCAGUUAAAGUUUCAGCUAACUUCUUAAUGGUAGCGAGAGAUGGCAAAGAUCAUUCAAAAGCAUACAAAGUGCCGAUCUUGGAUUUGAAUGGAGAAAGUGAUAAGGAAACUGCAGAAAUGAGAUGUUAUUUGGGUAAACACAUGCAAGACAAAAGAAAAUAAUAAAAAGACAGGGGUCUUGAUAGAAAAGCGCCAAGUUAAGAAGAAAUAAAUGAACUACAUAAAUUUUUCAUGAAUCCUCCUUCAGAUAUAACUAUUGAUGAAACUCAAAUUGAAAAAACAUUGUUGAUGCACAUUUAAGAUAGAAAUCUCCAUGGAAAAGUAUUUGGAGGCUUUGUCAUGAGAGAAGCCUUCGAAUUAGGUUGGCUCAAUGCCUAUCUACAUGUCAAAGGAUAAGGAUUCCCACAAAUCAUUCAUAUUGAUGAUAUUCAAUUCCUUGCACCUGUUGAUAUUGGUAGUGCUUUACAAGUUUAGAGCAGGAUAACAGCAGUAAAGGAUCCAAUUAUGCAUGUUGAAGUUAAUUGUUAUAAAAUAGGUCCAAACUAAUAGAAGAUUAGAUCAAAUGAUCUUCAUUUGACUUUAAAUGUGCCAGGAAUUGACAUCCCUUAAGUUCAACCCAAAACAUAUAAUGAAGGUAUGCAAUGGUUAAAUGCUUGUCGUCGUAUGAAUUAUACCAUUUGA